AUGGAGAGGAGCACACGGCAGCUCGUCUUGCUAACCUUCGCCUGUGGAUUUUCCUCCUGCUUUGCUGGAGUGGCCCUGGGGGUUGAACUGUCUCCAGAAACCACAUCCUUCCACCACACGGCUACUUCUGCUCAGCCAUUUUCCCUUUAUCAUUCUUCACCCCAUCAAGGCACCACAGGUCACUUUAACAGCACAGGCUCUCUUGAAACAACAUCCACAAGCCACAGAACAGCUGUGCAGACAACAGACCAGCACCAGGUAACAACGGCAGCAGGCCAUCACACGACAGCCCAGGCAGGAGCAACCACCAUGCAAGUGACUGGCCAGAAGUCUCCCACGGUGGUACCCACACCAUCAGCAGGCAGCACAACUGCAGCUGGUCAGGCUACAACCCAGGCAAUGGAAACAGUUACACGUGCAGUGAAGAACACAACCGUACACCCUAUGUCCUCAACCAAGCAAGCCAGAACGCACACGAGCACAGAAGUGACCGCAGCAGCCACAAACACAACCGUAAAUCACACAACACCGAACACACGAAUGACAGCUGCCACCGUAACUACUACAGCCACCACCAAGCAGACUGUAAAGCCCAUCACAGGGUCAGGAAAUCAAACAACAGCGCCUAAAGGUCCAACAGCCACAGCCGUGACCAACGCAACAACCAUUCAUCCAGGGACCCAAACAACCACUCCAUCUGCUACGACGACCAUGAGACCCACUCUCGCACCGCGGCCUGCUCCCAUCCCCACUGGCACAUACACCGUUUCCGAUGGGAACAGGACCUGCAUCAAAGCGGUCAUGGGUUUGCAACUGAUGGCUCAAAAUACACAGAAGAAGCGGAUGGAGUACAUGGCUGUCAACCCCAACACGACAAAGACAUCUGGAAGCUGUGGGACGGUGCAGUCUAAGCUGAACAUAACUUUCAGUGGAGGGUUUAUAAACAUCACCUUUGUAAAGCAAGCUCCAACGUACUAUGUCAGUAAAAUUGAGACCAGAUUGCAGUUAUCUUCUGAAGGUAUGCUUUACUAUGCAACCAUACAGGAGGAGCUGUUUACAACAAAGCUGGGGAAUUCCUUUAAGUGUGUCAGCAAGCAAACCUUCGGCUUGGAGAAGAACUUCCAGCUAGUCUUUGUUGAUAUGCAGCUGCAGGCAUUUGAUAUUGUCGGUAACCAGUUUGGAAAAGAAGAAGAAUGUUUUCGUGACAAAAACAGUAAAGCAGCUCCUGUCGCGGUGGGCCUGAGUAUCCUCGGGUUGUUUGUCAUUGUGUUUGCCACGUUCCUGAUUUCCAGAAGAAAGCCGCACAGAGGAUACGAACGUAUCUGA